AUGACAGUCCACUACCACCAGUCACCAUCUGUGCCAUCUAUGAGAGUCCAGGACCACCAGUCAACAUCUGUGCCAUGUAUAAGAGUCCAGUAUCACCAGUCACCAUCUGUGCCAUCUAUGAGAGUCCAGUACCACCAUUCACCAUCUGUGCCAUCUAUGAUAGUCCAGUACCACCACUCACCAUCUGUGCCAUCUACGAGAGUCCAGUACCACCAGUCACCAUCUGUGCCAUCUAUGAGAGUCCAGUACCACCAGUCACCAUCUAUGCCAUCUAUGAGAGUUCAGUACCACCAGUCUCCAUCUGUGCCAUCUAUGAGAGUCCAGUACCACCAUUCACCAUCUGUGCCAUCUAUGAGAGCCCAGUACCACCAUUCACCAUCUGUGCCAUCUAUGAGUCCAGUACCACCAGUCACCAUCUAUGCCAUCUAUGAGAGUUCAAUACCACCAGUCACCAUAUGUGCCAUCUGUGAGACUCCAUUACCACCAGUCACCAUCUGUGCCAUCUAUGAGAGUCAAUUACCACCAGUCACCAUCUAUGCCAUUUAUAAGAGUCCAGUACCACCAGUCACCAUCUGUGCAAUCUAUGAAAGUCCAGUACCACCAGUCACCAUCUGUGCCAUCUAUGAGAGUCCAGUACCACCAGUCACCAUCUGUGCCAUCUAUGAGAGUCCAGUACCACCAGCCACCAUCUAUGCCAUCUAUGAGGGUCCAAUACCACCAGCCACCAUCUGUGCCAUCUAUGAGAGUCCAGUACUACCAUUCACCAUCUGUGCCAUCUAUGAGAGUCCAGUACCACCAGUCACCAUCUAUGACAGUCAAGUACCACUAGUCACUAUCUGUGCCAUCUAUCAGAGUACAGUACCACCAGUCAACAUCUGUGCCAUCUAA